GCACCCAGAGCUCAGAGAGACCAUCAGAGAGACCAUGAUGAUGAUGAAGACGCUGAUCUGUCUCCUCCCUCUCCUCCCCCUCCUCUCGGCGGCGGCCCCGGGAUGUGGACCAUGUGAUCCGGCUCAGUGUGCUCCUCUCCCCGUGGAUGGCUGCCCCGCCGGCGCCCUGAUGGAUGCGUGCGGCUGCUGUUCUGUCUGUGCAGCCGCAGAGGGUGAGCUGUGCGGUGGCCGGCGUGCUGCAGCCCGUCGCUGUGGGGCCGGUUUGGAGUGUUUGAAGAGUCCGGAUGAGAAGAAGAACAAACUGGGAGUCUGCAUCUGCAAGAGCAACUAUGACGUGUGUGGCAACGACGGCGUGACCUACAAGAGCGGCUGUGCACUGAAGAGCGCCAGCGCGGCCGCAGAGAAAGAGGGCAAACAACCAAUCAGUGUGCAGCACAAAGGACGCUGUGCUACAGCUCCCGUCAUCGUCACUCCUCCAGGGGAGGUCUACAAUGUGACCGGUUCUCAGGUUUACCUGAGCUGUGAAGCAGUUGGUGUUCCCACACCUGUGCUUACCUGGAAGAAGGUCCUCAAUGGGAGAAAGAGGAUGCUUCUUCUUCCUGGAGACCGAGACAAUCUGGCCAUUCAGACGAGAGGAGGACCAGAGAAACAUGAAGUGACCGGCUGGGUUCUGAUCUCUCCUCUGACCAAAGAAGAAGAAGGAUCUUAUGAGUGUCACGCCACCAACGCUAAAGGAGAGGCUUCAGCUGUCGGGACCAUUCAUGUGGUCGAGUCUACUGAUGACAUCACUGUUAAGAAGGUGACAAAGGAAGAUAAGCUCUGAUCAGCCAAUCAGAGAGCAGAGGAGGUGAUCAGCUGAUAAGGGGAGUUGAUUUUAGCAGCUGAGGUUUUUUUUUUAAAUUUUUAUUAAAAUUGUUCAUUUCUUGAAUGAACAUUUUUAUUUUUAUUGAAACAUUUGAUUUUCUUCUUCAUGACUGAACGUUACUAUUUCUAUGUGUUUAUACUUUUGGCUUGUAUUUUGGUAGUUUAAAUCAGGCUGCUGUAAGCCAGUGCCCUCUGAAGACAUCGUGCUGCCUUCAUGAGCUCUUCUGAUAUGUUUAAGUCUAAAACAGCGGUAAACAGCUGAAGGCAAAAGAGCGGCCUCUGAGAAAUUUCAGAAUAAAAUAAUCACUGAAUUAAUUUUAACUUUAAAUGUUUGACAUGUCUUCUUUUCAUCCUAAUAAAAAAUAAACUUAACUAAUAAAAUAAA